AUGUCCAUGGAACGCCGCUCGAUCCUGCAUGGCAGGUGUCGCCACCAGCUAGCAGCAAGCGUGGGUUCAAAGAGGGGCACUCCAUACACGACACAGCCAGCUGAGAAGGUUAGCCUGUGCAGUUCGAGCGAUUCCUCGAUAGUGCCAGCAGCCCAGAACAUGCAGGAUGGACUUGACAAAGCACGCAAGGUGGUGGAGUUUGAUAUCAAUAAUGCUGGUUCGAGAGUCCCACUGGCGGUCGUCGACUCGCCGGCCAGUGAAGUUGAGGAUGCAGUUGUUGGUGUGGCUGUGCGACUGCCACUAGCCUCAGUGACAUCGUUAAGCAGCCCCACGGAUUAA